AUGACUCCACUGGCGCACGACGCCAAAGAGCGCGAUAUCGAUCACAGAGUACGCGACCAAGGGAGCUGGUGGAUCUGCGAAGUUGAAAUUCCACCAGGCGCGAGCACGGUUGAGUUUGUGUUUAGCGACGCCAACGGUUUUUACGAUAACAAUAGCGGCAAAGAUUACCACUGCCCGGUUGAUGUUGAGAAUUUACCGCGUGAACACAGAAUCUCAGCCCGGAUCAAAGCGGAGACGGAGCGACGUCGAGACGCGAUUGAAAAGUGCGCUAAGAGAGCUGGCAAACGCGCAGCACGCCAUGCAGAAAUGCGCGCCACUGCGUUAGUACGAGCAAGUGAGGGGGCAGCACUGAUGCGUGUGCACACUGUGCCGUAUCAAGGGAAAGCGGGCGGUGAAAUGACGAUCGUUUAUCGCGCCGAAGGCGGUCCACUGGGAGAUGCACAGAAUAUCUUCUGCGAGGGCUCGUGGAAUAGAUGGAACCACGGCGCUUCGUUCGGCCCUAGUGUCAUGCAGCGCGGUGACACCCCGGGGACGCUGGAACUUACAGUGAAUGUGCCCGCGGAUGCGCACGUCAUGGAUUUUAAGUUCCUCAACGAAGACGUCGCAUCGCCGCAAACGAGAUAUGAUUCCAACAACGGUGCGGACUACCACGCACCGGUGACUGGUGGCUCAGGAGCGGCUCCGAAGUUGAACGUCGUCCACAUCGCAGUCGAGAUGGCGCCCAUUUGCAAAGUUGGCGGCAUGGGUGACGUCGUCACCGCCCUCGCGCGUGCGACUCAAGAAGACGGGCACAACGUCGAGGUCAUAGUGCCGCACUACGAUUGCAUGCUCUUCGAUGCGGUGGAUGGUUACCAUCGCGCUGGCAGCUGCGUUCACCACGAUGUUCAAGUUGACGUGUUUAAAGGAUGGGUUGAAGACGUUCCAGUGACGCUACUUCGUCCCAAAAAUGGACAUUUUGACGUCGGUUGUAUAUACGGACGCCACGACGAUCACGUGAGGUUUGGCUUUUUCACUGAAGCAGCGUUGACGUGGAUGCGAUCAAAGAAUAAAGAGGUUGAUAUCAUUCACGCGCACGACUGGCAGACCGCACCCGCGACCUGGGGUAAUUAUCCAAACGCAGCGACGGCGCUCACGCUUCACAAUUUACAGUUUGGAGUCGACCUGAUACGCCGUGGAAUGGAGUCAUGCGACAUUGCAACCACGGUGAGUCCGACGUACGCCGACGAGGUGCGUUCACACCACGCCGUCGCGCCGUCGCAGGACAAAUUCGUUGGGAUACGAAACGGUAUCGAUACCGACAUUUGGAACCCAUCAGCAGAUGAAUUCUUGCCGUUAGUGUACGACUCCUCUAACGCGAUUGCGGGCAAGGCGGCAGCGGCGGCCGAGCUGUGCAGGCGACUCGGUAUCCAGCACCCCGAAGGCGCGCCAAUCGUUGGUGUCGUUUCACGACUUACGGCGCAAAAGGGAAUACAUCUCAUCAAGCACGCGUGUCAUCGCGCGCUUGAGCGCGGUGCAACGUUUGUUCUGCUAGGAAGCGCGCCUGAUCCGGCGCAUCAACACGAGUUCAACGCUCUCGCGGACGAGAUGAAGCGCAAGUAUCCAGGACGAAGCUGCUUUAUGUUCAAGUACGACGAGCCGCUGUCGCACUUGAUUUAUGCCGGCUGUGAUUUCCUUCUCGUGCCAUCAAUGUUCGAGCCGUGUGGGUUGACACAAAUGAUCGCCAUGCGUUACGGCACUGUCCCAGUGGUUCGCCGAACCGGCGGCUUGCGCGACACCGUCUUCGACGUCGAAAACGACGGCGAGCGGAGCGCAAUGACCGGAGUUCCCCUAAAUGGUUUUGUUUUCGACGGCACCGAAACCCCCGAUAUCGACUACGCGCUUAAUCGUGCCUUGGACGCCUUUUACGACCGUCCCCGUUGGCAAUCGCUCAACCUCGUCGAGCGCACGCUGAAUCUAGAUUGGUCUUGGUUCGAGCCAGCCAAGCGAUACGAAGACCUGUACUGGGCAUCUCUGCGACACAAACGCGGCCGCUAA